AACAUGUUGGUAGCGAACAGGGAUCGCUUGUACCAGGCAAGCAUGAUCCUGUGGACGGCGGCGCUGGUGUCAGUCGGUAACUUGAUAGUCGUCCAAGGAAAUGUAGACGUCAUGAAAGAUGUAACUCUGGGGUUUGGGGAGGCGCUGCAGCAUUGUCGGGAAGAAAGUCAACUGUCCGAAGACAAAAUGGAUGAGUUCUUCCACUUCUGGCGCGACGACUUCAAGUUCGAGGAUCGUGAACUGGGCUGCGCCAUCAAGUGCAUGAGCUCCCACUUCAACCUGCUCACCGACUCGCACCGCAUGCACCAUGAGAACACCGACAAGUUCAUCCAGUCAUUCCCUAACGGGGAGGUUCUGUCAAAGUUAAUGGUGGAACUGAUUCAUAAAUGUGAGCAGCAUCAUGACGCCGAGUCAGACCACUGCUGGCGGAUCCUGCGCGUAGCGGAGUGCUUCAAAAUCUCGUGCCAGGCCCAAGGCAUUGCGCCGACCAUGGAGCUGCUGAUGGCUGAGUUCAUCAUGGAAACCGAGGCGAGAUGAAUUCCCGGAGCAUACAUUAGUUUAGCAUAGCAUUAGUUUAUAUUUAGUUAUUGAAAUGAUGUCAUAUAUUAUUUGAACGUCAAACUUUACACGCGUACACAGCUACACUUUGUAUAAAGAAUAAUGUAACGCAUUCUUACAAUCAUACGUUACGUUGAUGAACACCUGCUUAGCGUAAUGUUUGUCGCAUAAAGCCGUUAAAAGUCGUAAAUCCAUAAUAUUUUCCCUUGGGUAAAACCCGAGUACAGACUUCGCAGAAACUUUGUGUUAAGGCGAAUUGAUUAGGUAUCUAAAUGAUCAGGGCUUCUUUGUGAGUGGAAGGAAUCUUACGCUGUAGUUUUUGGUUUUUACGUCUAUUAGAAAUAAGUGACAAACUGUCAUAAAAUCUGCUUACCUAUAGUAAAUGAAGGUACUUGAAAGCAACACUGUGUCACGACGGUUCUAACUAGAUAAUGUAUGGUCGUAUUUUAUUACUAUAUUAUAUUAUGACGUACAAAUAAUAAAUUGCACAUUUGCAUACUUAAUAUAUUCUAAAAAUGUACUCUGUAACUAUGUAAGUGACGAUUCCUCCAACGACUAAGGCUUUGUAUAAUGUUCGUGUUGUAAUUACAUAA